AUGCCUGGGAUUGAUAAGCAUCUUGUGCUUACGGGCCCAAGUGGAUCUGGAAAGUCAACGAUUGUUGGAUAUGUUCUUGCGGCCUUUCCGUUUAGGUUUUGCAUAUCACACACUACAAGGAUGCCGAGGGAAGGAGAGGAGGACGGAGUAGAGUAUUUCUUCACAGCAAAGGAUGUAUUUGAGGAGAUGAUACAUGAUGGUAAGAUCAUUGAGUAUGCUGAGUACAAUGGAAACUACUACGGAACUUCAGCUUCGCAGAUAGAUACUGCUGAGGACAGGCUUCUGCUUGACCUGGAAUAUAAUGGUGUUUUGCACUGCAAGGAGAAGUAUCCUGGGUUUGUGGUGGUGUAUAUUGACUGCAGGAAGGAUGUUGCUUAUGAAAGAUUGAAUGCAAGGAUGAACGGAAAGAGGCGUGAUGAGAUUGAAGGAAGAAUGCGCCUGUAUGAUGAGUUUGGCUCAAUUAAAAGAAAGUGUGAUUAUAUAAUUGACAACAGCAACUCGUUGGAGAGCUCAAAGAGAAGAAUUGCAGAGAUAAUUGCCAUGGAGUUUGAACUGCAUCCAAGAGAUUCAGGAUUGGCACAGUAA